AUGGAUUUUCUCGAGCAAGAGAAUCGGGCACUCCGUGAAGAAGUGGCAGCCAUGCAGACUAAGAUGGACGAAAUGGUUGAAAUGAUGAAGACGAUGACAGAUAUGCGGACCCAAGAGCAAGCUCAGGCUCAGGCUCAGGCUCAGGCUCAUGCUCUAGCACAAGCUCAAGCACAAAUUCAUGCACAAACACAAGCUCCUCCACCUCCCACCAAUACUCAGGCUGAAGCAUCUUCCUCUGCUAUCCCUGAAUGGACAAUAUGUGCCGACACUCCGACACACUCUGCUCCACAGCUCUCCGUGCCUUGGUUCCCGCCUUUUAAUGCUGGCGAAAUACACCGUCCCAUUGCUUGUGAAGCUCAGAUGCCUACUCAUCAGGUGACUCAUGUCCCUCCGCCUCCUGUAAGAGCUCCCCCAGUUGUCAUGACUUACUCAGCACCUAUGAUUCACACUGCUCCACAAAAUGAAGAACCCAUCUUCCAUUCAAGGAGUAUGAAGGCCUAUGGUCAAGUGGAGGAUUUACAAGAGAAGUAUGACGAGAUGUACCGUGAGAUGAAAGCUCUCCGCGGAAAAGAAAGAUUUGGAAAAACUGCUUAUGACCUCUGUUUGGUGCCAAACGUCCAGAUACCCCAUAAGUUCAAGGUCCCAGAUUUUGAAAAGUAUAAAGGGAACUCCUGCCUUGAGGAACAUCUAACAAUGUAUGCAAGAAGGAUGUCCGCGUAUGCUAAGGACGAUCAGGUCCUUAUUUAUUACUUCCAAGAGAGCUUGGCUAGUCCCGCCUCAAAGUGGUACAUGAAUCUGGACAAAACAAAGAUCCAAACUUUCCAUGAUCUGUGUGAAGCUUUUGUGGAACAAUACAAUUACAAUGUAGAUAUGGCUCCAGACCGAAGUGAUCUUCAAGCCAUGACUCAGGGGGUCAAAGAAACAUUCAAAGAGUAUGCUCAGCGGUGGAGGGAUGUUGCGGCCCAAGUCAGCCCACGUAUAGAAGAGAAGGAAAUGACCAAACUCUUCUUAAAAACUCUCAGUCAGUUCUACUACGAGAAGAUGGUCGGAAGUACGCCCAAGAACUUUGCUGAAAUGGUUGGCAUGGGUGUGCAGUUGGAAGAAGGAGUCCGAGAAGGACGUUUAGUAAAAGAUGGAGCUUCUACCAGUGGAACCAAGAGAUAUGGCACCCACAUCUCGAGAAAGAAAGAACAUGAGGUUAGUAUGGUGGCCCAAGGAAGGCCUCAGCAAACUUAUCCAACCUAUCAACACAUUGCUGCCAUCACACCUGCUGCCAAUAUUAUUCAUCCCCCAAAUAGCCAGUCUCAAUUCCCACAAUAUCCUCAACACCCUCAACAAUAUCCCCAACAACCAUACCAGCAACGUCCAUACCAACAACAACCAUAUCAACAAAAUCCCCCACAUCCCUAUCAACAACAGCAACCUCGACCACAAAAAAUGCAAUUUGACCCAAUCCCCGUCACCUAUGCAGAGUUACUUCCAGGAUUACUCAGAAAUAACUUGGUUCAAACCAGGCCUCCUCCUCCAGUACCAGAAAGACUGCCAGCUUGGUACAGACCUGAUCAGACUUGUGAUUUCCAUCAAGGGACCCCAGGUCAUAAUAUUGAAAGUUGUUAUGCCUUUAAGUAUGCAGUACAGAGGCUAAUCAAAGAAAAGAAGAUAACCUUCACAGACUCAGCGCCAAAUAUUCAAACCAAUCCAUUGCCAAACCAUGGUGCUGCAAUUGUCAACAUGGUCGAAGAUUGCCAAGAGACUCACCAUAUUCUCAAUGUUCAACAAAUCCGAACACCUUUGGUCCCAUUACAUGCCAAGUUAUGCAAAGUGAACCUCUUUAAACAUGAUCAUGAUGGCUGCAACGAGUGCCUUCUGAACCCCUGGGGUUGUCAGAAAGUGAAAGAUGAUAUUCAAGGACUUUUGAACCAAAGAGAACUGGUCGUUGAAAGAAAAUGUGAUAAUGUAUGUGUUAUAACUCCUGAAGAGCCUUUGGAGAUAUUUUACGACAGUCGGAAGUCAGUUGCUGCUCCUUUAGUGAUUUGCUUGCCUGGUCCAAUACCUUAUACUUCUGAGAAGGCAAUUCCUUACAAGUACAAUGCCACUAUGAUAGAAGGUGGUCAUAGUAGAGUAUUGAGGAAUGGGCGUGUUAUCCCUCUAGUGUUUCCAAAGAAAGUUGACGCUCCGGUAACUGAAGAAACUCGAACUAAAGAUUCCGGUGCAAUCAAAGAUGUGGGUCAGACUAGCGGGACCAAGGCAUGUUCUGAUUUUGAUGAGAUUCUCAAGCUGAUAAAGAAAAGUGAGUACAAAGUGGUUGAUCAACUGAUGCAGACUCCGUCAAAAAUAUCCAUAAUGUCUUUGUUACUGAAUUCUGAGGCUCAUAAGGAAGCUUUGAUGAAAGUCUUGGAGCAAGCUUUUGUAGACCAUGAUGUGACUGUGGGACAAUUCGAUGGAAUAGUGGGGAAUAUCACUGCAUGCAACAAUUUGAGUUUCAGUGACGAAGAGCUCCCAGCCGAAGGAAUGAACCAUAACUUGGCUUUGCAUAUAUCUGUGAAUUGCAAGACCGAUGCUUUGUCGAAUGUACUAAUGGAUACCGGGUCGUCUCUGAAUGUGAUGGCCAAAACAACCUAUGCUCAACUCUCUUACCAAGGUACACCUUUGAGACGAAGUGGGGUAAUGGUAAAAGCUUUUGAUGGUUCAAGGAAGGAUGUUCUUGGAGAGGUGGUGCUACCUAUUACAAUCGGGCCACAAGUUUUCCAGAUUAAUUUUCAAGUGAUGGACAUUCAGGCGUCAUAUAGUUGCCUACUAAGCCGACCCUGGAUUCAUGAGGCUGGAGCAGUAACGUCUACACUGCAUCAAAAGUUGAAGUUCGUGAGGAAUGGGAAGCUAGUAACUGUGAAUGGUGAAGAGGCUUUGUUAGUGAGCCAUUUGUCGUCUUUCUCUUUCAUUGGGGCCGAUAGUGUUGAAGGAACGCCUUUUCAGGGAUUUAUCAUGGAAGAAGAGAAUACCAAGAGGAGUGAAGCAUCUAUCUCUUCUCUAAAAGAUGCUCAAAAAGUGAUACAAGCUGGAGGCUCUCCCAGCUGGGGAAAGUUGAUAGAACUGCCAGAGAACAAGCGCCGAGAAGGACUGGGUUUCUGCCCAUCAGCUGAUUUGUCCAAGCCUAAGAUCGUUGUCGAACCGAUCAGAGGUACUUUCCACAGCUUUGGGUUCAUUCAUGCAAUCAUUGAAGAUAAUCCCGAAAGAGUGCCACGAAGCUUUGUGACACAAGGAGGGUCUAGCCACAAUUGGGUUGCUGUAGAUGUUCCUUUUAUUGCUCAUUUAUCCAAAUUAAAACCCAAUGAACCCGUUGAACAACAUAGCCCUAUGAUCUCUCCCAACUUUGAGUUCCCUGUGUAUGAGACGGAAGAAGAAGAGAAUGAAGAGAUUCCCGACGAAAUCUCCCGGCUACUUGAACAAGAAAGAAAGACCAUUCAGCCUUAUGGGGAAGAAUUAGAAGCAAUCAACUUGGGUACCGAAGAAGACAAGAAGGAGGUCAAGAUUGGGGCAUCACUUGAGGCAAGUGUCAAGAAGCGAGUGAUAGAGCUUCUCAAAGAAUAUGUUGAUGUGUUCGCUUGGUCGUACCGAGAUAUGCCGGGUCUGGAUACUGAUAUCGUGGUACACCAUUUACCUUUGAAACCCGAGUGUCCGCCGGUCAAGCAGAAAUUAAGAAGAACCCGUCCUGAUAUGGCCCUCAAGAUUAAAGAGGAAGUGCAGAAACAGAUCGAUGCAGGUUUCCUCGUUACAUCAAAAUACCCUCAAUGGCUAGCCAACAUAGUGCCUGUUCCGAAGAAGGAUGGCAAAGUCAGAAUGUGUGUUGAUUACCGUGACCUUAACAAAGCUAGUCCCAAAGAUGAUUUCCCAUUACCUCAUAUUGAUGUACUGGUUGACAGCACUGCAAAAUCCAAAGUGUUCUCCCUCAUGGAUGGUUUCUCCGAUUACAAUCAGAUCAAGAUGGCGCCCGAAGACAAAGAGAAGACGUCUUUCAUCACACCUUGGGGCACUUUCUGUUACAGAGUAAUGCCGUUCGGUUUGAUCAAUGCAGGGGCUACUUAUCAAAGGGGUAUGGCUACUAUCUUUCACGACAUGAUACACAAAGAGAUUGAGGUUUAUGUGGAUGACAUGAUCGUCAAGUCAAUCACUGAAGAACAACAUGUUGAGUAUUUACUAAAGAUGUUCCAACGGCUAAGAAAGUACAGACUUCGUCUGAAUCCCAACAAGUGUACUUUUGGUGUUAGAUCCGGAAAGCUUCUGGGCUUCAUUGUUAGUCAGAAAGGUAUUGAAGUAGAUCCAGACAAGGUCAAAGCCAUCAGAGAAAUGCCAGCUCCGCAAACAGAAAAACAAGUAAGGGGGUUUCUCGGACGACUGAAUUACAUCUCCCGUUUCAUUUCUCAUAUGACUGCAACAUGUGGGCCGAUAUUCAAACUCCUCCGCAAGGAUCAAGGGAUUGAUUGGACAGAAGAUUGCCAGAAAGCUUUUGAUAGCAUCAAAGCGUACUUACUAGAACCUCCGAUUCUCACCCCUCCAGUUGAAGGAAGACCACUAAUCAUGUACCUGACUGUACUAGAAGAUUCCAUGGGUUGUGUGCUCGGACAACAAGACGAAACUGGAAGAAAGGAGCAUGCCAUUUAUUAUUUAAGCAAGAAGUUUACUGAUUGUGAAUCUCGAUAUUCCAUGCUCGAGAAGACCUGUUGCGCACUAGCCUGGGCUGCCAAACGUCUCCGUCACUAUAUGAUUAGUCAUACUACUUGGUUGAUAUCUAAGAUGGAUCCGAUCAAGUACAUCUUUGAGAAACCUGCUUUGACAGGAAGAAUUGCACGGUGGCAGAUGUUAUUAUCCGAAUAUGAUAUUGAGUAUCGUACCCAGAAAGCAAUCAAAGGCAGUAUCCUUGCUGAUCACUUGGCUCACCAACCAAUUGAAGACUAUCAGCCCAUCAAGUUCGACUUUCCUGAUGAAGAGAUUAUGUAUUUGAAGAUGAAAGAUUGUGACGAACCGCUACUCGGGGAAGGUCCAGAUUCGGAAUCAAAAUGGGGUCUAAUAUUCGACGGAGCUGUUAAUGCUUAUGGUAGCGGAAUUGGGGCAAUCAUUGUUACUCCUAAAGGUGCACACAUCCCCUUCACUGCCAGGUUGACGUUCGACUGUACAAACAACAUAGCAGAGUACGAAGCGUGUAUUAUGGGUAUCGAAGAAGCCAUCGAUCUGAGAAUCAAGAACCUCGACAUUUAUGGUGACUCAGCCCUUGUAAUCAAUCAAAUCACAGGAGAAUGGGAGACUCGUCACCCCGGAUUGGUUCCCUACAAAGACUAUGCAAGACGAUUACUGACCUUUUUCAACAAAGUCGAGCUACACCAUAUUCCUCGUGAUGAGAACCAGAUGGCGGAUGCUCUGGCUACUUUGUCUUCAAUGUACCAAGUAAAUCGUCGGAAUGAAGUGCCACUGAUCCAUAUCAGACGUCUUGAAAGACCCGCUCAUGUAUUCGCCACUGAAGAAGUUGUUGAUGACGAGCCAUGGUUCCACGAUAUCAAAUGUUUCCUUCAAAGGCAAGAGUAUCCACUUGGAGCAUCCAGUAAAGACAAGAAGACUCUAAGAAGAUUGUCUGGCAAUUUCUUCCUGAACGGGGACAUUUUAUAUAAAAGAAACUUCGAUAUGGUGUUGCUCAGAUGUGUUGACAAACAUGAGGCAGACUUAUUGAUGCAUGAAAUACACGAAGGAUCCUUCGGAACUCAUUCUAGCGGACAUACAAUGGCCAAGAAGAUAUUGAGAGCAGGCUAUUACUGGAUAACAAUGGAAGCCGACUGUUACAAGCAUGCCAGGAAGUGUUAUAAGUGUCAAAUCUAUGCCGAUAAGAUUCAUGUGCCGCCGACUGCACUCAAUGUUCUUUCCUCUCCGUGGCCAUUCUCUAUGUGGGGCAUUGACAUGAUUGGAAGAAUUGAACCCAAAGCAUCAAAUGGGCACCGCUUCAUUCUAGUGGCUAUUGACUAUUUCACCAAGUGGGUUGAGGCUGCAUCUUAUGCUAAUGUGACCAAGCAGGUGGUAGUCAAGUUUAUCAAGAAUCAUAUUAUCUGCCGCUAUGGUGUCCCUAGCCGGAUCAUUACAGACAAUGGGACGAAUCUGAACAACAAGAUGAUGAAAGAAUUGUGUGAUGAUUUCAAGAUCGAACACCAUAAUUCUUCGCCUUACAGACCUCAGAUGAAUGGUGCCGUCGAAGCUGCAAACAAAAAUAUAAAGAAGAUCAUCCAGAAGAUGGUGGUGACUUAUAAAGAUUGGCAUGAGAUGCUUCCCUUUGCAUUACAUGGAUAUCGUACUUCGGUACGCACAUCAACAGGGGCAACCCCUUUCUCUUUGGUAUAUGGCAUGGAGGCAGUACUUCCCGUAGAAGUUGAGAUUCCUUCAAUGCGAGUUUUAAUGGAGGCUGAAUUAUCAGAGGCCGAGUGGGUUCAAAAUAGGUAUGACCAAUUGAAUCUGAUCGAAGAAAAGCGCAUGUCUGCUCUUUGUCAUGGUCAGCUGUAUCAAAAGAGGAUGAAGCAAGCUUUUGACAAGAAAGUUCAUCCCCGUGAAUUCAAAGAAGGUGAUCUUGUGCUCAAAAAGAUCUUGACUUUCCAACCCGACUCUAGGGGCAAGUGGACGCCUAACUAUGAAGAUCCGUAUGUUGUCAAGAAAGCUUACUCAGGCGGUGCCAUGACUCUUCAAACCAUGGAUGGUGAAGAACUUCCACGUCCUGUGAACACAGAUGCAGUCAAGAAAUACUUUGAGCUGGAAGCCACAAAAGAACAAAAACUUGGAAGAUUGAGAAAACAAUUUUCGGCCACCGAUUUCUUACCAUCAGGCGCUGAUUUGGAGCUGAUGAAAACCAUUUAG